UGGGCGGCGCCAUGUUAGGGCUCGCCGCUUUUGCCUGCAGCACAUGGCGGGAGAGGGCGGCUCGGCGGCGGCGGCGGCGGCUUUGCUGAAUGGCGGGGCCGGCGAAGGGCCGGGCGGGAAGCGAGCCCGGUUGGGGUCGGCUCCCCACGCUCCCCCUGCCGGGAACCGGGUGACGGUGGUGCUGGGGGCGCAGUGGGGGGACGAGGGCAAAGGGAAGGUGGUCGACCUGCUCAGCCUCGACGCCGACCUGGUCUGCAGGUGCCAGGGUGGCAACAACGCAGGGCACACCGUCGUGGUGGACACGGUAGAAUAUGAUUUCCAUCUGUUGCCCAGCGGAGUCAUCAAUCACAACGCCACUUCGUUCAUUGGGAACGGGGUCGUAAUCCACCUUCCGGGACUCUUUGAAGAAGCCGAGAAGAAUUUAAACAAAGGACCAGGGCUGGAAGGCUGGGAAACGCGGACUGUGAUUUCUGAUCGCGCUCACUUGGUGUUUAAUUUCCACCAAGCCGUGGACGGCAUCCAGGAGCAGCAGAGGCAACAACAAGGAGGGAAAAACCUGGGCACCACCAAGAAGGGCAUCGGUCCUGCCUACGCCUCCAAAGCUUCGCGUACCGGCCUGCGCAUUUGUGACCUGUUGGCAGAUUUCAACGAGUUCUCCAAAAAAUUCAGGGUCUUGGCUCAGCAAUACAAAGCCAGCUACCCAACGCUUAAUAUUGACACGGAAGCCGAACUGGAACAACUAAAGAUCUACGCCGAGAAGAUCCGGCCCCUGGUGAAGGAUGGGGUUUAUUUCAUGUACCAAGCUCUGCACGGGCCUCCCAAAAAAAUCCUCGUGGAGGGAGCCAACGCGGCUCUCCUGGACAUCGAUUUUGGUACUUACCCCUUCGUGACCUCCUCGAACUGCACCGUGGGAGGGGUCUGCACCGGCCUUGGCAUUCCCCCUCAUUACAUCGGCAAGGUGUACGGCGUGGUGAAGGCGUACACCACCCGCGUCGGCGUGGGGACCUUCCCCACCGAGCAAAACAACGAGAUCGGCGAGACGCUCCAAACACGAGGACGAGAAUUCGGGGUCACCACGGGCCGUAAACGUCGCUGCGGCUGGCUGGACCUCGUCCUGGUGAAAUACGCCCACAUGAUCAAUGGUUUCAGCGCCCUGGCGGUGACCAAACUGGACAUCCUUGACACUUUUGAAGAGAUCAAAGUGGGCGUCGAAUACCACCUGGAUGGGAAGCAGAUUCCAUAUUUCCCAGCCAAUCAGGAGCUCCUGAACAAAGUCACGGUGGAGUACAAGGACCUACCUGGAUGGAAGUGUAGUACCGAGGGGGCGCGUACCUUUGCCGAUUUGCCCGCCGAGGCCCAGGCUUACAUCCGGUUUAUCGAAGACUACCUGGAAGUGCCAGUCAAGUGGAUCGGCGUGGGGAAAUCGCGCAAAUCCAUCAUCAAACUCUUUUGAAGUCGUCCUGCCUCCCACUCCCUGGACCGAAGGCAGAAGCUUCUUUCUACCCUCAAAUUUUUUGAGCCAAGCAGCUGAGGACGCCCACCCACCCACCCCUCCUGAAUGCACUCAAGCCAGGGCCCCCCCCCCCACCUCUUACUAGAGAGAACACAGUGUCCCUUCCUCAGUUCCCCCCCCACCCAUGUAAAAUUUCCUCUUGGCCCUUGUUUCUGUCCCUUAGUUGGUUGGGAAGAGAAUUAGGACAAGCUCUGGCUGGCAGCAGAGCUUUACACGUAGGGACGCGGUGGCUCAGAGGCUAAGACGCUGAGCUUGUCGAUCGAAAAGGUCGGCAGUUCAGCGGUUCGAAUCCCUCGCGCCGCCGCAUAACGGGGUGAGUUCCCGUUCCUUGUCCCAGCUUCUGCCAACCUAGCAGUUCGAAAGCACGUAAAAAAAUGCAAGUAGGAAAAUAGGGACCACCUUUGGUGGGAAGGUCACAGCGUUCCGUGCGCCUUUGGCGUUGAGUCAUGCCGGCCGCAUGACCACGGAGACGUCUUCAGACAGCGCUGGCUCUUCGGCUUUGAAACUGAGAUGAGCACCGCCCCCUGGAGUCAGGAACGACUAGCACGUAUGCGCGAGGGGAACCUUUACCUUAACCGUACCUAGCUGGCAGCUGAGCUUUACAGAUCUUCCCAGGGCAAAUUUAAGGGCACACACACUCCAUUUUUGCACCCCAUUCCUUUUUUUACCCCCUCUCCCUCCCUCCCCAAUGAGUUGCCAUCAGUCACCCGUAACCUUGAUCUAACCAGCAUUCAUGGUUCACCGUCUCUUUCUGCAUUACUAAUCCCUUUGGUCAUUCCCUGGCAGUCAGCUUUGACCCCAUGUUGGAGGUGUCUCUCUCUUCCCCCAUCCCCUCCAGCCAGGUGUGUGUGUAUGGGGGAGAGUGGUUCAUGGGAAUUGUAGUCCUCCGGACUACAAAAAGGGCAGCCUUCCGUCUAUUGUCUACCGUACUACAAGUAGUAAUUCCACCAAGUGUCGGCUAGCGGUGAGGAAUGCUAGGAGCUGUAGUUUCUGCAUCUUAUCUACUGUAUAGAACCGGGCGGUAAGUAGCUUUUGCGGGGAAAGGUCCGUCGUAAUUUCAAACUGGAUCCGUCGUAAGUCGAGGACAGCCUGAGCCCAGUUCCUGCUGUGGAAACAAGUGCAUUGUGAAUUGCAGGGGGUUUUGUGCUGUCGAAAACUCUGGACGCGUCGCCCGAUUUUUUUUUUAUUAUUAUUUAGCUUUCUACAUUUAAAAAACAAAGCACGCUUUUCUAUGUUUAAAUCUAAUUGUGGAGAUCUCCUUCAGGGAUCGCUAAAUUACGGAAGCACUCCCUCUAGAUUGUGUGGUUUCUUUUCCCCUUGGGGACCUUAAUCAGGACUAGCCUCUUUAAUUGCCGUUGGUUAACAGGGGAAGCAGCCAUUUAACACGGCAGCCAAUGGGAUGCUAAAGCUUUCUAGAUUUCUACAUGCACAGACCUCUCUCACUACGUCCGAACACACGAAACUUUAGUGCUUUAGAAGGAAACCUGACUUGUUCUCACGUCGUUUGUUUGUUUGUUUCCGGCAAUUGCCAAAUCUGCCACCAAAAGCAAUAAAGAAUCACGAUUUAUUUUUAUAAGUCGGUUGGAAUAGUGAAA